UACUUAAUUUGCCAUCAAACACGUGCAGUUUUACGAGUUAUCAUUUAUUAUUAACGUACCGCAAAAGAGUCAAGUAAGGGCUUCGGUUUUAAUGCCGUUCAUAAUACUUCAUAUCACAUCUCGUAUGACAUACAUAAGUAAACGAACCUAUAAAUAAGAGAAACGAAAAGUUAAACGUAAAAUAGCAACUGACGUCAAUACGGCAGAUCUAUUGUGGAAUGCACGCUAGGACACCCUGAGGUGUGUUACAUAUUUUAAUGAAGAGUUGCAAAACGGAAUAGACAUAUAUUUUCAGAGAGGUCACCGUGGCAGAAAUAUGAUAUCGAUUUUGUCAAGAUUGAUUUGCCCAGUUGCGAGGUGCGUGAAAAACCAAUCGCAUCUUAGCGCAUUUAGAAAGCGACAAUAUCAUUUGCGCAUCAUGAAGCGAAAUCAUACCGUAAGUGCUUCACGUGUGAUCCACGUUUCAUUAAAAUGUCAUACAAGCGACAGUACACGAUGCAAACUUUAACGAAUAUUUAAUCUUUCAAAUAAGUUAAAUUCUACAAGCGCUAAUUUUACAUUACUCCACAAGAUACUCGUUGAAAAGGCUAAAUGCUCAAAUUCUUGAUAUCCGAUUUGCAUUUACUAUCGCAAUAGACUGUGUACAAAAAAAUAUGUAAAAUAAUAUAUGCGAUAGAAUCGACCAGAUACAAUUUACAAGCCACGAUUCGCUUUUCCGGCGGACUACGACAGAGUGAUGAGUUUCAUGAGUGAUGCGUUCUUUAAAGACGACCCAACCAUGGUGAACAUUGGCCUGGAAGAACAGGAGCCCGCGCCGUCAUUGCUAAAACUCAUGUACAACGAGCUCCGAGAGGGUAUGACGAUAAUUGCAGAGGGAGAGGACAAUUGUAUUGUAGGCGUCGCGGUGAACGCUGGCUCCUGUCCUUGGGAUCCCGACAAGUUCGUCGAGUUCGCUAGGUGUUGCGAAUGCGGGCCGACCCGCGACGUGAUCGAGUUCGGGGCUUACGUGACCUGCAAGCCGAAUCUCUGGGAGCGCUAUUGCGUUCUCAAGAUCUUCGAGUGCAGCUAUCUCGCGGUCAGGUCGGACUUCCGGAACCAGGGUAUUGCUAGAAAGCUCGUGCUAGAUAGCUGGUAUCUCGCGCGCGAUUGUGGCUAUCGAUUGUUCCGUGUUGACUGCAGCAAUAGAUAUAUCGCACGGAUCGCGGAAGGUUUUGGAUGGGAACGAGUAUGCACAAUACCCUUUCAUGAAUAUGUAAAAGAUGGCAAACUCGUCUUUAAGCAUAUUAAGGAGCCACAUACCGAAGUGCAGAUUUUCAUUGAUCAAGUUACAUUUUGCAAGGAUUACUGUCCGCCUUACGAGAAAUGUAAAACAACAACGUCAGCGCCAAAGCUAUCUAAAAGCUAAUAUUGGCAAUUACCUACAUAAGCUUCAGCCGCUUUAAUAAAAUAUUAAUAAAUAUUUAACAAAAAUGUCUCACUGUAUACGUUCGUAAACGUAGCGUUUUGUUUCUUGUGCCCUAAUCAUAUUGCGAAGAUAAUUUUUAAGGAAAAUAUAUGUUAAAUAUGUUGUACUUAAAUAUGAUUCCUCAUUACAAUUUCAACUGCUAACGUAAAUGUUUAUAAUCCAGUUAAUCAUCACGUGUAUGUUCU